AUGGCCCAACCGGCGGGACUGACCAAUCUACAGGACUCGCCUCGACAAAGCAAAUCCCCCUUGUCGGAAUCCGAGUCGAAUGCCCCUCGAUCGGCAACCGAAAGCUACAGCCCCGACACCUUUUCCGGUGUGUAUCGAGGUGUCCAGCCGACCCCAAAGCCCAGGCUUCCCAGGAAGAGCUCCGCGCUUGGCUUCAACGAAUCCACGAUCAUCGCGGGCGGCAACAAACGCAGCUCCACCUACCAGCCCUCACAGGGAACGACAUUCUCGCCCAACUUCGAAGCUCAGAAUGCAAGACAGCUGAGCCUGAAGCAUAGCCUCGCCAAACCUCUACCCCAAACUCCUCCUCAGCCCAGCCCCGCCACUCCAAUCGCACCCCAAUCGGCCGGCCAAGACACGCGAACUCGUCCAGCCGAGCCCAACAUGGACAGCCGGACGAGUACGAUGGAUUCGACCAGCUCGACAGCCUCCGGGCAGAUAUAUGGCGGGCAAGACCAAUACGCACAAGACAUGAACAGCAGCAUGAGCAGUCUCGCUAGCUCUGUUAGGCAGGAGGGAGUGGAAGAAGCGCGGGAUGGGCUGACGCCUCGGAGCAAUGGCCCGCCAUCUGCUGCCGCGUCACCAGCCGUCACCCAAACGAGGUCGCAGGCUACUGCUACGCCUGUUGGGGGGCCAUCCCAAGGGUCUUCUGCGCACUUAUCAGGACUCAUGUGCAAUGUGCACCGAACGACCGGACGCGAACCCCCCCCUCUGGUGGGCGCCACUACCACGAUUCUAGGAGACAAGCUCUACGUUUUCGGCGGCAGGAUACUGUCUCGAAGCCGCCCGGCACCGUUGACUGCAGAUUUGUACGAGCUCGACCUUAUUCGCAGGCACUGGACUAAGCUCGAGACAUCUGGCGAUAUACCACCCCCGCGGUACUUCCACUCCAUGUGUCCCCUUGGGGACACGAAGAUGGUUUGCUACGGAGGCAUGUCGCCCGCACCCAACCAAUCUGCGUCUGCCGACCAGCAGCAGCCCGAAGUAACCGUCAUGUCUGACAUCUACACCUACGAUGUUUCGUCGAAGAAGUGGACGUAUUUGCCAGCCCAGGAUGCUCCGCAGGGCCGUUAUGCGCAUUGCGCUUGCAUCCUGCCAUCCUCGGCAUCCUUUGCCUCGACUCGGGCACCGCUAUCCGCACUUCAACACAAUCCGUCGACGGGCAAUCCAAACGAAGGCCGCAUCGGUAUCAAUAUUGACGGCUCGGGUGGCGCGGAGAUGGUCAUUGUGGGUGGUCAGGACGGCGCAAACCAUUACAUUGAGCAGAUCAGCGUCUUCAACCUCCGCAGCCUCAAAUGGACGUCAACUCAGCCGCUAGGAAAGAGCUGUGGUGCGUAUCGAAGCGUCGCGGCUCCACUCCCGCCAUCUGUGACAUCCAGAAUCGGAAAGCUGGCACAGAACGCCUCACGAGCAGACGGCGGCAUCAGCCAAGAGGCGCGAGAACCAGGCUCGUCCAUGUUGAUCUACUCCAACUAUAACUUUUUGGAUGUCAAGCUCGAGCUUCAGAUCCGCGCCUCGGACGGGACUUUGACGGAACGGCCGAUGUCGGGCACGUAUUCACCGCCUGGGCUUCGAUUUCCCAAUGGCGGCGUGAUUGACACCCAUUUCGUGGUGAGCGGGACGUAUCUCACCUCUUCGAAGCAAGAGUACGCCCUCUGGGCAUUAGACCUGAGGACCCUUACCUGGAGCCGCAUAGACGCAGGUGGGAGUGUCUUCAGCCAAGGAAGCUGGAACAGGGGAGUCCUGUGGAAUCGUCGCAACACCUUUGUCAUUCUCGGGAACCGAAAACGCAGCCUUGUCGACGACUACAACCAUCGCCGCAUCAACUUCUCGAAUGUCUGCAUGGUGGAGCUGGAGGCCUUUGGGUUCUACGACAACCCGCGCAAAACCAGCCCACUGUCCGGCUUUAUCUCUGCGAGCAGCCCUUACUCUGGUCCAGGCCUUAGCCUCACACGCAAGGCAGGGUACACUGCGGGCGGCCGCUUCCACUCUCGAGCGAGUGAGGAGCUUGGCGAGAAAGCGCUGGCAAUGCGAGAACUCUCCGACAUGGACAUCUUGUGCAUCGGUGGCGAGCGCAUACCAGUCAAUUCGAGGAUUGUCGCGAGGAGAUGGGGUCCAUAUUUCGUUCAGCUGCUGAGGGAAGGGACGGCGUCGCAGGAUGGCAGCGACGGCUUCACGCUGCGUUCUGGUCUCUCAAGCAAUCCACUGAGGGCAUCGGCCUUGACCAUCACUCCCAACUCGAAGAACACGCCGGAGGGCUCGUCCAUAAAUAGCGGAUCCAUGCUGUCGACGUCGGCAUCCAGCACGUCUUUGUCCACCAACCCGGCGCCUGGCAGCUCCGGAACAGCGGCGGGCCAAGGAGAAGACAUCAAUCCCGCCACCACUAACACUGCGCCGACGCCUCGCUCAUUGCCGCCAAACCUUCGCCCUCGAUGCGUCUAUCUGCCGCAUACGUACCUGACCGUUCAAGCACUGCUUCAUUUCCUCUACACGAGCUCGCUACCGCCACCGUCUUCUCCUCUCUGCACGCCCCAGAUUUUAUGUUCGCUUCUCCAGAUCGCGCGGCCAUAUCGCGUGGACGGACUCCUCGAAGCCGUUGUCGAGCGUCUUCACGCCCUGCUCGAUAGCAGGAAUGCGGCGGCGGUGUUCAAUGCGACGGCCAUGGCGGCCGGCGGGGGCCGUGGUAUCGAUGGGUCUCUCAACCCCAACUUUUUCGUUGGGAGCCUUGAUCCAAUCGGGUCGCCAACCUCGACCUCGGACUUUUCUCUGGGCGGCACGACCGCAAACGAAUCCUUCUCGUCUGACCUGGCUGCCGCGGCUGGAGGUCUGAGCAUCAACACCAACGUCCAGUCGGGUCGCCCACACAGCGGCGAAAUUUCUGCGUCUACUAGUCGCAGUGGAUCUGAAUGGGGGUCAGAAGUUGGAGGCAGUGAGGGCGAGCGGUUCAUUUGGAACGGUGAGCUGAGCAGUGUCAUUGGCCUGCAGAAACGCGGCUUGAGAGGCUUGAUGGAAGGUCGGCGGAUGAGGGAGCGGACAGGAACAGGCGGCGCGGCGACCAUGAGCGGUCCAGGCGGUCCAGCAUAUGCCAGUGGACAGCCGAGCAGUGGCCAGCGCGUUGGACUGGGAAUUGCGGGCUCAUAA